GGAAUACUUUCAAUAUUGUUUUUCAGUAACGAAUUUCUGGUUCACAACAAUGAAGACGACUUACACGAUGUGUCGCGUCGAUUCAGAGUCAUUAAACUGAGGCGAGUGAACAUAGUUCGAGAUAUGGUGGAAAUCUUCUAGGACGAGACAUUAAUGGGAAGUGAAAUUAAAGUUGCGAUGAUUAAUGGUUCUGGGGAAAGGGAAUUAGGAGAGGAUAAUCAAGGUGUCUUCCGCGAUGCACUUUCAGCAUUUUGGUCACAGUUUUAUGACUCGUGCACUGUCGGAGAGCAAGAACGUGUACCCGUCGUACGACACGACUACCAAGUUCCAGAGUGGACUGCGAUAGCUAGAAUAUUAGUCAAGGGCUACAAGGAGGUGAAAUUUUUCCCGAUUAAACUAAGCAAAAUUUUCAUAUCUGCGAUCUUGUUCAACGAGAAAGAAAUAACGAAAGAUUUCUUGAUUGAAUCGUUCUUGUGUUACAUCUCGAGUGAUGAGAGGGACCUUGUUAGCGAAGUUCUAGCAAAUAAGAAACUAAGUGAUGAACAAAAUGAAGAAUGGGAAGAUUUCCUCGAAAGAUUUAAAUGUCGAAAAAUACCCAAAGUAGAGGAAAGAAUGGAGGUACUUCUGGAGCUAUCUCACAAAGAAAUGAUCCAGGUAGCCCAAUACAUCAUAGAUAGUUGGAAAGAGCCUUUUAAGAAAAUUCAAGCGUCAGGAAUGUUAUCCACGGUAGAAGAUUUAAAGCAAUUAUACGAGAAGUCAAAACCGACCGUGAAAAAGGUAUUAGGAUUAAUAGAGGCAACACCAUCGAGCAACGCUCAAAGGGGCUGGACGAUGAAAAGCUGGUCAAAUUUUUACGCUUCUGUACGGGUGCAACCAUCAUCUGCAUUGAGAAGAUUACAGUUGAUUUUACCAACCUCAAUGGGUUAGAAAGGCGUCCUGUUGCUCACAUUUGCGGUGCUUUUCUAGAGUUGCCAACAACCUAUAAUUCGUUUCCACAAUUACGAGAGGAAUUAAACAAUAUCCUGUCUAGUGAAUUUUGGGACAUAGACAUUUGCUAAGUCGAGAGCAGUUCUGCGUAUAGUAACUAUUGUUCACAACAACAGUUCGCAACUUUUAGUAACCAACUUUUUAGAUUUAACACUCAAAUAUGGGUAAUCACUUUGUUAAGUUUCUGUUCACAUUACUUAGUUUCUGUUCACAUUACUUUUCAUAUUGGACAACAUAUAAGAUAAACAUUACGAAUAUAUGCACCUGUGUGCACAAAUGUUAGUGGAACGUUCGUUUCGGGACAUACAACUGUUAUGGUUACAAUUACGAUUAGGUUUUCGUUACCUUUAAAAAUAUC